AUGAUCCAGCUGGUUUCCCCCAAUAUCGCGCAGCAUCCCGACUGUGGGUACCGGAGACGGUACGUGAGCGAGGAGAUGGCCGCGUUUGGAUACAAGCACGUCGAGAGGAGGAAUUUGACCGCGGACGGGAUGAAGAGCCUAGCCAGGGACAAUGCGAACUUGAGGAAGGGACACAUGAUCCAACGGCACGACCGACCCAUCCAAAAUGGUAAGCAACUCGCCUGGGUACCUCCCUUCGACCGACUCGAUGAGAUGUUGCGUCAGAGGGGCGAGCUCCGAACAUUCAAGUCUAUCAUCACGAAUUUGGCCCAGGACAUAACGUACCAACCGGAAAAGCCGGUCGUCGUCACGGAAUUCCCCAUUAUCUGUCUCUGCGUUAAGGCGGUGGGAUUCCGGGAGAGCCUUGACGGAAUCAACGUCAACGUCAUUGAAAACACCCAGCCGUACGUGCGAAGCACACCGACCUCGACGCUGAGAACCGAUUGGACAAGUGGUGACGCCCAUGGAGUUCUCCAGACUCUCUGUAUCGUGGCAAACGAUCAUCACAGACGGGACGAGGAGUACGCCACGACCCAAGCUCGCGAUAUGAGGCGUUUACCGUCUCUGAUUGUCUGUCCACCGACGCUCUCGGGCCAUUGGCAACAGGAGAUCCAGCAAUACGCACCGUUUUGGAACUGUGUGGCGUACGUGGGACCAGCCAUCGGACAGAAUCAGCCGGCGUCCUUGACUCGAAAAAGCAGAUGUUGUCAUAACUUCCUCCGAUGUGUGCAGAAACGAUGCCGACGAUCCCACCAAGCCGCAUCCAAGGUAUUCCGGCUACAUGUCAUACCUGGGGAAGCUGGGGGAAUGUCCGUUGCUUCCAUUACACUGAUUAUCAACGAUGAGAAUCUCACCUUUGCUGCAACCUCGGCCGAAUUUUCCCAUUCGAUAGGUCACUACUGGUAG